AUGUCAAGCAAAGAAGACAGCGUCAAUGACUUGUCUAGGAAAUUGGAUAAAUCUCAAAUUGAUACGAGUUCAAAGCUUUUGUCAUUGAGAAAUCAAUACAUUCCAGAAUCUUAUGAUUUGCACUUGGACAUUAAUCAUUUGAAGCCAAAUUUCAAUGGUUUAGUUACAAUUGACAUUAAAAAAAACGAUAAAUAUCAUGGGUCGUUUGAUGAUUUCAAAUUAACAUUACAUGCGAGUAAACUUAUUAUUACAAAAGCUGUUUUGGUCGACGGAGAAGACACCACGAACUUAAAAGUGGAAUAUGACCGAGGUAGACAUGAGGUUUCGUUUACAAUUAAUUCUAACUACGAAUGGAAAACUCCAGAAAGGGCAAAAGUUAGCUUGACUUAUAUGGGUCAAAUCAACACCAUCAAAACAUAUAAGGACCAAACAAAGGGGCUCUUUAAGACGAAUUAUUUGGAUUCUAUUUCAGGCAAAUCAAAUAACUAUGUAUUGGCUACCCAUACACAACCUCAUUUCUGUAAAUUGAUUUUUCCCGUGGUAGACGAAUUGAACUUCAAGGUACCUAUCAAAUUGACAAUAGUUACAUUGAGCUCCUUCAAGGUAUUGUCUAAUUCAUCCUUGAUUGCCGAUCCUUUUCCGGUCCCUAUGUCCGAAAAUGCAAGUUUUGCAUUCAAACCAACACCUCCAAUUGCUUCUUCUGUAUUUGGAUUUGUUAUUGGUGAUUUAGAAUACUUAGAGAACAAUGAUCAUGUAGUUCCAGUUAGAGUGUACGCUCCUAUUGGGACGUUACCUUCAUGUUCCUAUCCGUUAUACGUCACCUCCUCCUUAUUGCCAAUAUUGCAAGAAAUGCUUAAUCAUGAAUAUCCAUUGGAUAAGUUGGAUUUUGUUGCAUUGCCAUUCUUAAGUGACGGCGCAAUGGAAAAUUGGGGCUUGGUAACGGUCUUAUCCAGCCAAUUGUUGAUUGAUGAGAGCUCUCACGAAGCAGUUAAACUUCAAGUACGCCAAUUGAUAGCUCACGAGUUAGUCCAUCAGUGGGUUGGGAAUUUGAUUUCCUUUGAUGACUGGUCGAACUUAUGGUUGAACGAGUCAUUUGCUACAUGGUUGGGUAAUUAUUUACUCUACGUUGCUAGGUUAGAUAAAGAGGAUUAUGAGGACGAUGCGUUCGAGAUAAGAUUAUUGCAUGAUCAAGAGACUAGAAUGGAUGAAGAUUGCUUUUAUGACGAAACCACAAAUUCUUCCUCGUUACCUAGCAUUCAUGAAAUUACUUCGAGUAUUAAAUCUUCUUUGUCUGACUCAACUCAAGAUUUAUUUGAUAAGACAGCGUACGAAAAGGGAAUAAUUUUGUUGUCUAUGAUUGGAAGUAUAUUGCAGAAUGAAAAUUCAACCAGAGAAGAUUUCUCAAGGACCAAUUAUUCGAAUAUGCUAAAAGGCGUAUCAAAAGCUAUAGAUAAAUACAAGUUUAGGAAUAUUAAGCCUUUUGAUUUAUGGAAUGUGUUGAAUGAAUUUACAAGCAUUGAUUUAUUGAGCUUUGUCCAUUCGUGGGUAAGAUAUCCUGGUUACCCUAUUGUCAAUGUGACAACAAAAGAUGAUAAAUUAAUAAUUGAACAGCAUAGAUAUUUGUUCAACAAUAAUCCUCAAGAUUUUAACUUGGAAGAUACUCCAUAUCAUUUGCCAUUAUCUAUAAAAUUAAUUGACGAUAAAAAAAAUCUUAAAAUUUUGAACAUUAUGUUGACUGAUAGAAAGGUAGAGGUCCCAAUUCCUUUACAUCAAUUUAUUACAUUAAAUUCCAACAAAUCGGGCUAUUAUAAAGUUGUUUACAGUAAUGAAUUUAUUCCACGUAUAUGUACUAACAUAGUUAAUAACAAUUUUACACCCCAAGAGACCAUUUCUAUAAUCAAUGAUUACGGAAAAUUAUUAGGUCAAGAGAAUUCUACCAGUCAACAUUUAAUAUCUCUUAUUGCGGUAUUGAACUGCUUUAUAGAUUACAAAUGGGAAAUUGAUAAUAAUGUUUUGAAGGUAGGCUUGAACUACCUAGAAACUAUCAGUAAUAUAUUGCUUCACUUUAGCGAUUACUCAGAGUACAAGAUAUGGCUUGAAAGAUAUAUUACAAAGUUAUAUAACAAAAUUGGCAACUGGGAAAGGUUAUUUGUGUUAACAUCUGAUUAUUCGCCGAUUGAAAUGGAAGUUAGAAACCUUAUAUUACAUAUAGGUCUGAAUAUCCCAAAGUUUCAAGACGUGUGUAGAAAAAUGUUCAAGAACUUUAUCAAUCCUAGUUCUAAUAAGACUUUCACGCCAAGGGAAUUAUUCCCAUCUAUUUUUAAUUUAACCAUGAGAAAGGCUAACCAAAAAGAAUACAAGCAAAUUUUGCAAUUAGUGAAAAAUUCAAAUAACUCGAUAUUGAAUAAUUCUAAUUCUUCUAUCGAACAUUUACAGACUGUUGCUGUUUCAUCAUUGUCGUUCGCUGAAAAUGAAGACCUACUUUCGAAAUCUUUAAACUUUGUUAUGACUAACAUUGAUUCCAAAUUGAUUGAGUUAGCCUUAAUAGGAUUUCAAUUCAAGCAUUCUAAAUCUGAUAUUUUAAAAUUAUGGCACUGGUACAAAUUGCACUAUGAUCAGUGGAUUUUGAAAUCUUUAAGAAAGGGUUCAGAUUGGGCAAAGCAAUUAGCAAUUACAAUGAAGAAUAUUUCAAAAAUAAUUCUUGGUGAUUUAAUGCAAUUCCAUAGUGAUUUAGUCUCAUUGAGAGAAGAAUUUGUUAAAGAAAAGCUUCAAAAAUUACCUGAACAUGGUCUCAAAGAUCUAGUUCAAGAUUUAGAAGAUACAAAUAUUGAAAAACAAACCAUUGGUAAAUUUUAUAAUGAUUUGAUUAAAAAUUUACCAUGA